CUCCAGCCUGUAGGUUAGGAAAUUGAAUUCAGAGAAAAAGCCGGCGAAGGAGCUGGUGUUAUGCCGACGGUUUUAACAGUUUUUUGAGAGGAUUAAUUCUUAAUUCUUGUCGAUAGUUUGAUCGUUGCUGAGGAAGUAUAACAAUGGAGCUUACCGAUGAUAAUCUGCUCACGCUGAGCGAAUACUUGAGGCAUACCUUGAGUCCCGAUGUUGCAGUUAGACGUCCUGCGGAGAAAUUUUUGGAGUCAGUAGAAUUAAAUCAGAACUAUCCAUUACUUUUACUUCAUUUGGUAGACAAGCCUGAUGUUGACAUUACAAUAAGAAUAGCAGGAGCUAUCGCAUUCAAAAAUUAUGUAAAAAGAAAUUGGAAAGUGGAAGAAGAUUCGGUUGAUAAAAUACACAGUCAAGAUAGAGAUGCGAUUAAGAGGCUAAUUAUAAAUUUGAUGCUUCAUUCUCCUGAUGCCAUACAAAAACAGUUGUCUGAUGCGGUUUCUGUUAUUGGAAAGCAUGAUUUUCCCGAUAAAUGGCCAGAGCUUAUUGAUCAGAUGGUUGGGUUCUUCAACACUGGGGAUUUCCAUGUUAUCAAUGGUGUUUUGCACACUGCUCAUUCUCUGUUCAAAAGAUACAGAUAUGAAUUUAAAAGUCAAGUUUUAUGGACAGAGAUAAAAUAUGUAUUGGAUAAAUUUGCUAAACCAUUGACGGAUCUAUUUUUGGCUACUAUGAAUCUUACCCAAGUACAUGCCAACAAUGUAGAAGCAUUAAAAGUUAUUUAUAGUUCCUUAACAAUCUUGUGUAAAGUGUUUUAUUCACUCAACUUCCAAGAUUUACCAGAGUUCUUUGAAGAUAAUAUGGCCUCAUGGAUGACCAAUUUCCAUACUUUACUUACUGUUAAUGUUCCAUCACUACGAACAGGGGAUGAUGAAGAAGCUGGAGUAAUAGAACAAUUAAAAUCACAAGUUUGUGAUAAUGUCUGCCUGUAUGCCCAAAAAUAUGAUGAAGAGUUCCAGCCAUAUAUGGAUCAAUUUGUUAAAGCAAUAUGGAAUUUGCUUACCUCAACCGGUCAACAACCUAAAUAUGAUGCGCUGGUAUCAAAUGCUCUCACAUUUCUGGCAACUGUCGCUGAUCGUUCUCAAUAUAAGCAUAUUUUUGAAGAUCCAACUACUCUAAGUAGUAUAUGUGAAAAUGUUAUCAUUCCCAAUAUGGAAUUUAGAGAAUCUGAUAAUGAAUUAUUUGAAGAUAAUCCUGAAGAAUACAUUCGCCGGGAUAUUGAAGGUAGUGAUGUUGAUACUCGUAGAAGAGCAGCAUGUGACCUUGUAAAAGUAUUGUCAAAAUCUUUUGAAGCCAAAAUUAUGGAAAUAUUUGGUGCCUACAUACAGGCUAUGUUGCAAAACUACGUUGCUAAACCUGCCGAAAAUUGGCGUAGCAAGGAUGCAGCUAUAUACUUGGUAACAAGCAGUGCUAGCAAAGGCCAAACACAGAAACAUGGUGUCACACAAAGCAGUGAUCUUGUACCUCUUCCUCAAUUUGCCGCAGGCCACAUUGAACCAGAACUUGCAAAGCCUGAUGUCAAUGAAUUCCCGGUUUUAAAAGCAGAUGCUAUCAAAUUCAUCAUGAUAUUUAGGUCUAUUCUACCACGAGAACAAGUUGUUGGUAGUUUACCACAAAUGAUUCGGCAUUUAGCAGCUACAAGUCCUGUAGUACAUAGUUAUGCUGCGUGCGCUAUUGAAAAAAUUCUUGCAUUGAAGGGCCCAAACAACGUUGCUCUUGUAAAGGGAACUGACAUUGCGCCUUUGGCUGCUGAUUUGCUCAAGUGCUUGUUCGCGGUCUUAGAUUCACCAGGAUCAGAAGAAAAUGAAUAUAUAAUGAAAGCAAUCAUGAGGAGCUUUGCUACUCUACAAGACGCCGUUGUGCCUUUCUUAGCAGACUUAUUACCGAAAUUAACACAGAAACUUGAGAUUGUUGCCAGAAAUCCUAGUCGUCCUAAUUUCAAUCACUAUCUUUUUGAAACUCUAAGUAUAUCGAUCAAAAUUGUAUGCAAAUCAAAUCCCAAAGCUGUUGCAUCGUUUGAGCAAGCUCUUUUCCCGACAUUCCAAGGAAUUUUACAACAAGAUAUCCAAGAAUUCAUCCCCUACGUCUUUCAAAUUUUGGCUUUGCUUCUCGAGUUACAAACGGCGAAUGAUGUGCCAGAAUCAUACAUGGCACUAUUUCCUUGUUUGUUGGCUCCAGUCUUAUUUGAAAGACAGGGUAAUAUUCAUCCGUUGAACCGACUAUUACAAGCAUUUGUUAGUCAUGGCGCACAUCAAAUUAUAGCACAAGAAAAAAUCAAUGCUUUAUUAGGAGUAUUCCAAAAAUUAAUAGCUUCCAGAACCAAUGAUCAUGAAGGCUUUUUAUUGAUGCAGGCCAUCAUUGAACGCUUUCCUCCGAAUGCUUUGGAGCCUUACAUAAAGCAGGUCUUUAUACUACUCUUUCAAAGGCUAUCAUCUAGUAAAACGACGAAAUUCGUUAAAGGACUUAUUGUCUUUUUUUCCUAUUAUGUCGUACGAUAUGGAGCCAGUAAUUUGGUUACAAUGAUAGAUUCGAUUCAACCACAAAUGUUUGGAAUGGUUGUUGAUAGGGUAUUAUUAACAGAUUUACAAAAGGUGUCUGGUGAAAUCGAAAGAAAAGUUACGGCCGUUGGAGUCUCAAAUAUUUUAAUUGAUUGUCCUGCUAUGCUUCAAAGCCCAUACAAUGCCUUUUAUCCUAGGCUAUUAGCGGCUUUAGUUGAAUUCUUCGAAUUACCGCAUGAUGAAACACAACUGCCAGAAGAUCAGCAGGUCUUGGAAAUCGAUGACAAUUCUGGAUAUCAAGCAGCAUACAGUCAAUUAAUUUUUGCCAGAAAUCCAAAAGUAGAUCCUUUACCUACCGUCACCGACGUUCGAUUCCAUCUUGCACAAGGACUCGGAAGAAUGGAGCCAGGUCAAUUGCCUGGACUACUUGGUCAAAUUCCAGAACCAAAUGCAAAUCACCUCAGGAGCUACCUCCAAACAGCCGGCGUUGCUGUUCAAUAAUACGAACUUCAAGUUCGGGGUAGACUAAAAAUACAUUUGAUGGCCCGUAAGUUUAAUAGCAUCGAAUUAAAUAAAACUUGACCGGCAUUAUUCCACUUGACUACCGAGCUUUAAGCAAGUAUAUGGCAAUGUUAAUUUUAAAUAUUUUUAUACUCCAAAUUAACGAACAUACUCUGCGAUAUGUAAGAGCCUAUUUUACCCUAUAACAUAUGUAAUAAUAGUUCUUUGAAUGUGUACAAAAAUUUAGUAGCAGUUGCCUUAUAGUCUAUAAAUUAUCAGUUUGAAAUUUGCUAUGUAUAAAAAGACUAUUUUUUAAAUGAUAAGAUUAUUAAAACUUGAUUUACAAUUGCCAUGUUUUGCAGAUAUUUCAAUGAUUAAACUAAUUUAAUUCGAUGCCAAAUAGUUCUUGAUGAACCAAUAAGUUAGGCCCUCGAUGAACUGGUCUGUCUAGCUUAACAAAAUUUUGUAUAUGUGAUUAUUUUAAAUGAUAAAGGAACAUACUACGUGAAGAAUCUGUUUAAUUGUAUGUACAAUAUAGCUGUUGACAAAAGGUAUAUUUCGUUCUUUAGGAUAAGUAGUAUUCUCACUUUCAUAACGGCAUAUGAUGUAAUAAUAACUAAUACAACUCAAAUAAAAACAUAAUUUUAAA